AUGUCAGCCGACGAAGAGGAAAACAUGGCCAUUUACGAUGAAAUCGAAAUCGAAGACAUGACCUUUGACGAGGCCUUGCAGCUCUAUCACUACCCGUGCCCAUGCGGCGACCGUUUUCAAAUAGCCCUUGAUGAUCUUCGCGACGAGCAGGAUAUUGCAGUCUGUCCCAGCUGCAGCCUGAUGAUUCGCGUCAUCUUUGACCUCGACGACUUGCCCCAUCCACCGUCCCCGCCUGUCAACUCGGGCAGCAACAUUCCCAUCGUUGCCUAG